UACAUGGGGUUAUAAUACAAAAAAAAAGAAGCCAUGAAACUCUCCUUCAGGGUGGACACCAACAACACACGUCACUAAGUACAGUAUUUCAUCAUCCAGUUGGGUGUCAGUGUAUGUAAUCAUAGGUCAGCUGAGGACGGUAGUCGGGACACAAGAGUUAUGUCGUCAUACUUUGAUGAGCACGACUGCCAGCCCUUACGGGCUGGACAACUUCCUGACCACUUCUUACACAUGGCUCGGCUCCUGCUGCAUGGUGGCUACUGGCAGGAUAUGCAGGUAGAAUUUACACAACUUUUUGGGUUUGGAGAAAGGCCACCUCCUCCAACUUCAAAAGAAUUUAUUGAUCAACUGACGACCUCAACUGUGUCUCAACGAGGAGGCCAGUGCCCAGUGUGCCUCAAAGAAUGGACUGAGGGAGAAGAAAUGAAGGAAUUACCAUGUAAACACAAGUUCCAUCCAGCUUGCAUAUUACCAUGGCUAGAGAAGACUAACUCAUGCCCUAUGUGCCGUUAUGAGUUGCCUACAGAUGACGAGGAUUAUGAGGAGUACAGGAGGCAGAAGAAACGGGCAAAGGAUCGUGAAGCAGAAAUAGAGAUGCUUCAUCACUCAAUGUUUUCCUAGCAAGAUACCGGUAUUGCAUUUAUUGAUUUUUUUUUUAUUUUAUAAUGAGGAUUCAAUUUCAUAGCAAUGUUUAAGUGACAAAAACAUCUGAAUAAAUCAUCAAAAGUAUUAAAGACUAUUAAGCACCCAACCUGAGCUGUGGAGAGAGAAUAGAGAGCAUGGCCUUUUAAAUAACUUGAUUCCAUUGUUAUUGUAUAAAGAGAUGCUCUAUACAUUUUUAUCUCAAGAUAAAUAUGUAGUAAUUUGAACUAAAGUAUAUUAUAUAAUUGAUAUUGAUUUAUAUGUUUUUCUUCACCAUUGCUCAUCAUGACAAGAUACUGUACAAUAUAUCUUUCACAUACACCAAAUCACUCCUUCACCCAUCACUUGGAUAUGAAGCUUAAACACUUUGAACACAUAUAACAUCAAUUGUGUAAACACUUCCAACAAUGUUCAUUGACUGAAUGAUAACUAAUGGUUAUUCAUUCAAUUUCUAUAGGGUAGUUUAUAUUUUUAAUCAUCUCAUAUGACUUUAUCCAACCACCCCAUAACUAUUAAGAUGAUAUAAGCCUAAACUUGGGAUAUCAUUCACUUUGAACAGUCAUCUUUGUUUGGGUAACCAGCUGUAAGUCAAAAACCUAAAUGAUUUGUUGGUAGACCACCUUACUUACUUUAAUGUCAGGAGGCAGUAGGUUGAGGUUGAUCAGUGCAAAGUCGCCCAUUAGGUCUCUUAACACCAACAGUGAUGACCAAUAAACUCUUCAUAGUGGUCAGGUUGCAUUCCAUGGAAACAGAGUGCUGUGUGAGACAGUGCUGUAAGAGUUCAUUAUAAGCAGUGGCAUAGAUUUGUUGUGAUUGAAGGGGGAGGUGACUUCCGAGACCUGGAGAUACCGUAUAUUGCGGCUUAUAAGUCGACUUUUGAAGAUCCAAUUUUUUUUAUCAAAACUAGGGGUCAUCUCGUAUGACAGGUAUAAAAUGUCAACCUUUAAGUACGCUCCACCACUAGCAUCAGAUUAUCACUUUACCUUACUGGUAGGUCUCAGUUACUUAAUUUCCCGCACUCAAAAAAACAAGUUUUACCUAAUUGUAGCAUUUUUCCAGAAGGGUAACUGUUACUCAACUCGGCCAAAGGUCAGUCUUUACACUAGUCAUACCGACACCUUUCAAAACAUUAAAAUAUCUUUAGGUGUUAACUACGGUUUCUUACAAACAAACGUUACUAGGGCAGUUACUUGUAAUAUUUGUUGUUAAAUUGUUAAAAAAUGCCGUUACAGUAUGUUCAUGUAAUGCACCUGGAUUUUGUAAACAUUUACACGAAUGUUUUGUAAAGUUGUAAACAGCUGGCUGGCCUGCAGCAAGUGUUGCCAACACUUAUACCACUAACAGAGACUGUAGACUUUGUUUGCUUGAUGCCAACGCAGUGUGCUACCAUUAAUAAUAUAACGUACUGCUAAUUGAAUGUUUUAAAUUAGGAAUCCAAUAUUUACUUUAUGUUUAAUCAACUUUUAUAUUUUAUUGUUUUAAGUGAAAUCAUGUAACCUUUCUUAAUCAUGUAAUCCUGUACCAAGAGUUUGUGUGCUUGUUGCCAUAUACUGCUAGUACUACCAUAUACAGUACUGUCAAUAUAAUGUACAACAUGCUUUGCUCAUAUUUAAUAAUAAACUAUCAUUAUGA